CAUGAACGAAGGUGUGCGGAUAGCAACGAGAUGCGCGUUGGCCAGGCGUAUUCGACAAUUUCAACUCUCAACUCGGCCUCUAAUUAGUAAACUUCCACGACGCAACACACUCCCGGCCAAAACAGACAUUACGUCUCCCGCCCUAUCAUACCAAACGACCACAAUGGCAACCGUCAUCCGCGAGCUAUGGGGCCACCACCCCGCCUUCCUGCAGCGCGCCAACCAGCACCGCAACCUCAUUGAGCUGAUCGCCCACGCACCGAACCGCGGCGCCGGCCUGCGAGUCACCCCGACUGAAUGGUACCAGCGCGGAUGGAGCGACGCUUAUUGGACCGUGAAGAACAUCGUUUUGGAGGAGGACCUAGCACACGGUGAAGUGUUCGGGCAGCUUACAUGGCAGGGUCGGCCAAAGGGACCGGCGAGCGCGAAGAUACCAAGCAUUUACAAAAAGAAGUGGCACUUGUACGAAGCACCCGAGGAGUUGCGGGCAUUGGAGAGGAAGCUGAGGUUAUGAUUCUCUCCACGGAUAGAGGGGCUGGAUAGGUAGAAUGGCCUGUCCGUAUUGCUCACCCGUCCGUUUGGCGUGUUCCGUCAAGGCAUCUAUAGACGGCCGUCCUCCCCAUUCUUAAAUGUAAAUUAUUCCCCACUCUGUAAUAUAGUAUCUCUUGCAUCUACUUGAUGCCCCACCCGCUACGUUGGUAGCUCCGUCCAUACCUUCACUCUCUU